AUGAGUACUGGUCCCAAAAGACCUGCCCCCCUUGAUCUUUCACGGACUAAACUUUCUGUCUCAAUGAAUCAGAACGCGAGAACUCCAACAUACUCUGAAUUGAGACCUCAAGAUUCGUACGAGGUGCUCAUGAAAAGCAGAGAGAUUUCCUUACAACAGCAAAGAAUUAUAGAUUCCGCUACGACAGUGUCAUCAGCAAGUACGAAUUUCUCGUCCGCGGGAUCGUUACCAUCGGCAAAUUCAACGGUGAGUGCGAUUAGCAGUGUCGAUAGUUCCUCUACUUCUAAGAACGAAUCAUCAAUCAAAGAGGGUUCUUCCGGAUCUCAUGUACUAGCAGAAGAUGACGAAGGAUCAGGUUGUCGUAGUCGUAAUGGUCCAGGUAGACUUCCUUCUAGAAAAAGAAUGCGUAGGCAUUCACCGCCAAAGCCUUUGCAUAUUUCCGCAAAGUCCCGUUUACUAUCUAUGCCAAUUAGAUCCGCUCCAGUUUAUUCGUUUGCUGGCCACCCCCCGGUCGGAUAUCAGAUUCCAAUGAGAUCUGUAACUGCUCCUAUAGCGUCUUGUUCGACCCAUACGGUAUCGCAACUUCCUGCUCUGUCUUAUCAAUUUGCACCUAUGAUGCAGGGAGGUCGUAUAAUCAUGGUACCUCCUAUCAAUCAAACACCUGUAACGGUGCAAAGUGAUACGGUUCAGUCCACCGUGCGUGAUGUUUAUGCUGGUCAAUACGUGAAUGGAGUUGAAAAGGACAAUGAUGAUAAGGGCGAAAGAGGGGAAGUUGAAGAUGACGUUGAAUCGAAGGCUAUUGAGGACGAUGCCAAAGUGCAAUCCGAAAGCCUAAAGGGAAUUCUCCAAAUAGGGGAUAAAGCUUAUAAUUACAGUGUCGUGGUCACGGGAAACGAAAAAAGGGACAACAAGCAUUUUCAUGACGUUAUGAAUUUCAUUAGCAAUGAAAUUUGUUCACAGUAUAGACAAACUCUUAGAUCAAUUAAUUUUGUCGGUCAUCGUUGUAUAAGUACUAUCCAUAGAGUGCAAGAUCAUGAUGAAAAGGCACAGCUAAUAAGACAGGUAUUUGAUGACCAGGCAUUCUGGAAUGAUUUCAAUAACUCGGGUCAACAAGAAAGACAUUCGUUGUUAGGAUAUAUUGGUAGUAAUUCUGAAGCUGGUUCAGUCGGAUUGUUUGAAAACCCGUACCUAAAAAAGCCUUCUGGAUUAAGGCAGUUCAGUGCUGAAUCACUCGAAAAGGCACAGUUACUCACCCAGCAUAUCAUCGACGACGAUUCUCCAGAAGGAUUACGUAACUGUGUGCGGAACCUUGAUAGAUUAAGUGAUGUAUUGUGUCGUGUGAUAGAUUUAUGUGAGUUUGUACGAGUUGUUCAUCCGAAUCAAUCGUUUGUCAAGGCUGCCCAGCAAUGUCACGAGCAGAUGUUCGAGUUCAUGAAUAUACUCAAUACCUCUAAAGGACUCUUUGACAAGUUGAGUAAAGCUCUACACGAUGAUAGUAUCAAAUCACGGCUCACAGAUGAGGAAUUCUCUGUAGGUAAGCUGCUUUACGCAGAUUUCAAACAGUCAGGAAUCGACAUGGAUGAAAAGACAAGACAAGGAUUUGUCGAACUAAGCCAGUAUAUUGCUAUGACAGGUCAAAGUUUCAAUAAUGGUGUUUCGGACACUGACGCAGAGUAUGCCGUGGUUCCAAAAGAACACCUUCGAGGCAACGACAUUCCAAAAGAGUUUGAACAGUAUGUUAGUUAUGAUAGACAUGGAAAUUUAAGAAUACCUGUUUAUGGAAGAACACCCUACGAGAUUCUACGGAGCUGCAAGAACAGGGCUGUCAGAGAACGGAUUUGGGUCACCUUGCAUAGUGUUCCUCAUGUUCAAAUACAGCUUUUAGAAAGGUUUCUAAAAAGUAGAGGUGUUCUUGCUCGUAUGAUGGGUAAGCAGAGUUAUGCCGACUAUCAGCUAGGUGAGAAGAUGGCCAAAAAUCCUGCCAAUGUGAUGAUCUUUCUCCAGAACCUUUUGAAGGAGAGUAAAAAGGGUGUUGCCGAAGAGGUGAAAACUUUGUACGGGGGAUACUCUAACCCGGACAUAUCCAAUCCUACAGAAAAACAGCUGGCUACCCUUGUGAGACCUUGGGACAGAGACUAUCUAACAACUUUACACAUGGUUCGGCAAAAAUCAAGUAACCUUGAAGACAUUUCUGCCUAUUUUUCGGUAGGAACCGUCGUUGCUGGUUUGUCGAAUUUGUUUAAGGCAAUUUAUGGUAUAGAGUUGCAUCCGAAACCUGUCAAAAGGAGAGAGAUAUGGUCAGAUGAUGUUCGUAAGUUUGAAGUUGUUAGCGAAGACGAGGGACUUGUCGGAAUUAUUUACAUGGAUCUUUUUUACAGGGAGAAUAAGACUCCAACUCCUGCUCAUUUCACAGUGUGCUGUUCCAGAAAGAUUUACCCUGAGGAACUGGACAUCGAGGAUCCAUUCAAUUUAAAGAAAAGGGCUUUUCAGACCACCGAACAUGAUGGUGAAAUCUACCAGUUACCUGUGAUCUCGCUUGUCUGCAAUUUCUUCCCAGAGUAUUACGCAUCCUCUGAUACUUCAAAUUCUUUACCCACUUUGCUUACUCUCAACCAGGUUGAGACCUUGUUCCAUGAGAUGGGACAUGCUAUACAUUCUAUGUUGGGAAGGACAAACCUUCAUAAUGUCAGCGGUACACGGUGUGUAACCGAUUUUGUAGAGCUACCUUCAAUUCUUACAGAACAGUUUGCAAAGGACGAAAGAGUCCUUCUAUCGUUUGCAAGACACUACAAGACCGGAGAGCCGCUUCCUUUGAGUUUGCUUCGCAAACAUGAGAAUGAUAACAACUUUUUAAAUCAUUCUGAGACAUUUGGACAAAUCAAGAUGGCAAUGUUGGAUGAGAUUCUCCAUUCAAGUGUUGUUUUUGCAGAAGAUUUUGACGCUGUUAAGAUAUAUCAUCGACUAGAGAAAGAGUUAGUGUUUUUUAACGACUCGUUAUCCAAUUGGCCAGGAAGGUUUGGUCACUUGUAUUCUUACGGAUCGGUGUACUACUCCUAUUUACUUGAUAGAGCUAUUGCGGCUAAGAUCUGGGACCAUUUGUUUGCCGAUGAUCCAAUGAAUAGAGCCAGCGGUCAGAAAUUUAAAAAUGAGGUAUUGAAAUGGGGUGGCUGUAAAGAUCCUUGGAGUAUGGUGGCAGCAGUUCUUGAUAGACCUGAAUUAAAGAGGGGCGAUCUUGCCGCUAUGGAGUACAUAGGCAGCGUAAAGGAUAUUUAA